UCGGGGGUGCCCCGCCCCUUCCUCGCGUGCGUCACCCGCUUCUUCUUCCUCCUCCUCGUCUUCUCCUUGGGACCUUGUUGGCUGAGAGGAGGCCUCGCGAGGGGCUGUUCAUGGCUUACUCAGAAGUGAUCCAUACCUUGGAUGGGCCCUGGGGAGCAGGGGAGACGAUAGCAAACGGGAUGCCAUGAGAUGGUCUUGUGGGUUCACCAACGGGGAGUGCAUACGUGAGGCAGGCAGUGAAUUCAUCAGAUGAAACUCUUGGACCAAAAGGAGGACUUCUUCACUCAACACACCAUUGCCCUGUGGAACUCACUGCAAGAAGAUGUGGGAAUUGCUAUUAAUGGGUCGUGAGGGUUCUGAGAAGGAAGAGAUGUCUGGAGAAACAGUGGUGAGCACGGCAGUGCCAGCAGCCGCAACCCGCACCAUGUCCUUCAAAGGCGCCAGUCCCAGUUCCAAGUAUGUGAAGCUGAACAUCGGCGGGGGCCUGUACUACACCACCAUGCAGACGCUGACCAAGCAGGACACCAUGCUCAAGGCCAUGUUCAGUGGUCGGAUGGAGGUCCUCACCGACAGUGAAGGCUGGAUUUUGAUUGACCGCUGCGGUAAACAUUUUGGGACCAUCUUAAACUACCUGCGUGACGGUGCUGUACCCCUUCCAGAGAGCCGGCGGGAGAUAGAAGAGCUCCUGGCAGAAGCCAAAUAUUAUUUGGUCCAAGGUCUGGUGGAUGAGUGCCAGGCUGCCCUACAGCAGAACAAAGAGGUCUACGAACCCUUCUGCAAGGUGCCCAUCAUCACGUCCUCCAAAGAAGAGCAAAAACUUAUAGCCACGUCAAACAAGCCAGCAGUAAAAUUGCUCUACAACAGAAGUAACAACAAGUACUCCUACACCAGCAACUCCGAUGACAACAUGCUGAAGAACAUUGAGCUGUUUGACAAGCUUUCGCUGCGCUUCAACGGGAGGGUCCUCUUCAUCAAGGAUGUCAUCGGGGACGAGAUUUGCUGCUGGUCUUUCUACGGACAGGGGCGCAAGAUAGCGGAAGUCUGCUGCACGUCCAUUGUGUAUGCCACGGAAAAGAAACAGACCAAGGUUGAAUUCCCAGAAGCCCGGAUCUACGAGGAGACAUUAAACAUUCUGCUUUACGAAGCCCAAGAUGGACGAGGCCCUGACAAUGCGCUGCUGGAAGCGACUGGAGGGGCAGCCGGCCGCUCGCACCACCUGGAGGAGGACGAGGAGCGGGAGCGCAUUGAGCGGGUCCGCAGGAUCCACAUCAAACGCCCAGACGACCGCACUCACCUGCACCAGUGAGAGAGAGAGGGAGAGAGAAGACAGCCUUAGCCCACAGUCCUGUUGGGGCAAAAUCUCCGUCCAGGCACACUCCAGUGGCUGCCAGGCACCUAACUUAUAUUCCAUGAGGUCUAUAAACUGCUAUUUUAUAAACAAACUAGAGUAUUUUUGGUAUGGAACACGGUAGUUUUAUCAUGAAAAUCCACGAGGUGUCCAGCUUCGUUCACAGCAAUCCUGCGGACUCGCUCCAGCCUCUGGGAAUCAAUGCCUGUCUUGGUUUAUCCAGCACUUCUUGUUCCCGCUCUCUUGUGCCUCCAGAGGAAUCUUCCUUCUGCAAGGGCAUUUCAGUGUCUGCAUUUUGCAAAGGCAGCCUCCCCCCCACCUGGUGCUCUCUGGAAGCUUUGGACUCGCAGCUCCCAUCCUAAUGGAGUUGUAGUCCAAACUCCUCUGGAAAGGGCCAUGUUGCUGGGGAUGGCCCUGCUAGCAAAACAAAGAUGUUGCCUGCCCUCUCCAUCUCACUCAAGUCCA